AUGUACGACGACAAAAUGAAUUCAAAUAAUAUUGAAGCAGAAUAUAUGGACAUUGCGAAUAGAAACGCUUGGCCGCUCAUCUACCAGAAAAUUGGGAGAGAAUGUCAAACUUACCCCUACACAUGUGUAGAAGCAAAGAAGCCCCAGAACAAACCACUAAACCGGUAUAGGGAUGUAAAUCCUUAUGAUCACAGUAGAGUUAUUCUGAAGAGAUGUGAACGUGACUACAUCAAUGCAAAUCUAGUGAAGAUGGACCGUGCUAAUCGAAAGUAUAUUCUUACACAAGGACCGCUCGCUUUCACUGUGCCUCAUUUUUGGUUGAUGGUAUGGGAGCAAAACAGCCGCGCUAUUUUAAUGCUUAACAAGAUCAUCGAAAAGAAUGAGAUAAAAUGUCAUUGGUACUGGCCACAUGGUAUUGGGGAGGAUGAAAAAUUUGUCCUCUCCGACGUCAAACUAACCGUCGAGCAAAUAAGCGAAGAAGAUUGCAAUUACUACACCACUCGGGUUUUUAGAAUCUUCGACAUGGUGAGUUCUGAAAGUCGUGAAGUCGUACAGUUCCACUACACAACGUGGCCAGACUUUGGAGUGCCCACUUCUCCAGUGGCUUUCCUCGAAUUCUUAAAAAAGGUGCGCUCUUCGGGCGCUCUCGACUCUAACGUGGGCCCGGCGGUGGUACACUGCAGCGCGGGCAUCGGACGUUCUGGAACGUUCUGCUUAGUAGACUCUUGUCUUGUCAUUAUCGAGAAAGAAGGCUUAUCAAGUGUGAAUAUACAACAAAUCUUGCUAGAUAUGCGCAAAGAUCGCAUGGGAUUGAUACAGACGCCAGACCAGCUCCGUUUCUCAUACCAGGCUAUUAUUGAAGGAGCCAAAAGAUUUGACCCUAACUUUAAAGAAGACAUAAAAUUAGAGGAGAGUAUAUAUUCGACGGUAGCAGAGGAGGCCACGGAGGAGGGCGAGGAGGAAGCCCCGCCGCCGCCGCCCCGCGCCGAGAGCCUCACGCGCGCGCCCGCACGGCCGCUGCCCGCCAUACCCACCAGUGCUUCACUUGGGAACCUAAACUAUGCUUGCCCAGAGAGCUCUAGCUCUGACGAAGGCCCGCCGACGCCGCCCGCUCGCGACGCGUACUCACCCGCUUCUUCCGCGGACGACGAGGAUGAAGAACCGGCACUCAAUGAGAGUGGCAGUGCGAGCGGCGAGCCGGUGGAGACGCUGCGGCGGCGGCGCACGCGCGAGCUGGCCGACCGCGUCUCCGGCAUGAAGAAGCGCGCACGCGACGCGGAGCGGUGGCACGCACUCAAGAGGUUUAAAUCGGAGGAAAAUUCUAAAACUGAUCCACGCGAAGAA